UGGAUUUUCAUCUCUCCAUUUCACCACUCAAAUAAAUAAAAUAAAAUACUCACUAAUAAUAUCCCUCCAUUUUUUCUCAAUUCUUCUGUACGAAAAAUUUUCCGAUCAAAAAUUGAAAUUCCGGCGAAAUCAUGGCGGCCGCAGCUGCCACAGCAAUAGCUUCUUCGUUUUCCAGUCUUCAUUCUAUACGUACUAAAUCAAAUUUGACUAAUUCCGAUCAUCUACUUAAAAUUUCAUCAACUAGAACUCCAAAUCUAACUUUAAUUUCAUCGUCGGUAAGUGAACUGACGUCGAUUUACAAGAAGUGGAGGGUAUUGCCCAGGCUAUCAGCUGCGGUGGCGCAAGAGGAGGCGGAAGCGGCGGUGACGGAGGAGGAGGUGCCGGUGCCGGCGCCGGCGGUGGAUGAGGAGGAGGAGGAGAAGGUAGGAGAGGAUUCCGAUGGGAGUAGUGAAAGUGAAGGUGUUAAUACUAAGCUUUAUUUUGGGAAUUUGCCGUAUCUUUGUGAUAGUGCACAACUUGCUGGGAUUGUUCAAGACUAUGCUAGUCCUGAACUUGUUGAGGUUCUUUAUGAUAGGGACACAGGUAAAAGCAGAGGAUUUGCAUUUGUGACAAUGAGUACUCUUGAAGAUUGCAAGACAGUCGUCGAAAAUCUAGAUGGAAGAGAGUAUGGUGGCAGAACCCUAAGGGUGAAUUUCUCGGAUAAGCCUAAACCAAAAGAACCACUUUACCCCGAAACAGAACACAAGCUCUUUGUUGGUAAUUUGGCGUGGUCAGUCUCAUCUGAAAGUUUAGCGCAAGCAUUUCAAGAAUAUGGAACUGUUGUUGGUGCUAGGGUACUGUAUGAUGGUGAGACCGGGAGAUCUCGUGGCUACGGUUUUGUGAGCUUUGAGACUAGAGAAGAAAUGGAGAAUGCUCUUAACAAUCUCAAUGGAGUGGAAUUGGAUGGAAGGGCAUUGCGAGUUAGCUUAGCACAAGGGAAGAAACAAUAAGAUGGGACAAAAUUCUUUGUAUAUUAGUUGUAUAAGUUGAAAUUUGCCAUCUACAGAAGAACAAUUUUAGUUCAUGGAUUAAGAUGGCUAAAAAGGCUUUAACUAGGUCAAAAGGAGAUGUAACUAUUUGUAUUACAUCACACAUACAAUGAGCUUUCUUUUUUCUUCUUCUUCUCUUUCCUUCAUUUUAUGAUUUAGAGAGAGAUGUAAUUGUUCCUUUCAUCAUAUUUUAGAGAACUAUUAAAUGAGUCAAUUAGUACAAGCAA